AUGACUGCACUAGGCAUAAAUAGUUAUGAGGUUGAGGCCAAGAGCCAGAUCUGGCUCUCCCGUGAUCACACGACACAGCCAAGACACAGCCAAGACACAGCCAAGACACAGUCAGGACACAGCCAAGACACAGUCAAGACACAGCCAAGACACAGCCAAGACACAGUCAAGACACAGCCAAGACACAGUCAAGACACAGCCAAGACACAGUCAGGACAGAGCCAAGACACAGCCAAGCCACAGCCAGGACACAGCCAAGACACAGCCAAGACACAGCCAAGACACAGUCAAGACACAGCCAAGACACAGGCAGGACACAGCCAAGACACAGCCAGGACACAUCCAAGACACAGUCAAGACACAGCCAAGACACAGUCAAGACACAGCCAAGACACAGCCAGGACACAUCCAAGACACAGUCAAGACACAGCCAAGACACAGCCAAGACACAGUCAAGACACAGCCAAGACACAGCCAGGACACAUCCAAGACACAGUCAAGACACAGCCAAGACACAGCCAAGACACAGCAGAGUGA